UCACCUGUCUCAUUCUUGGCCACGUAGGCAAGUGCAGUGGAUUUCUCAGCACUUCAUUCGUGGACUUAACUUUUGUUUCCUGAAGAAAUACAGCAUCAAUUUUGCCUUGAUUUUGGAUGUGACAUCUCCACAGCAAUGGCCACAUCAAAUGGCAAGAGUGAGAAAAUGUCCAAGUUUGAGAUGCUUAAACUUUUGGAAACUUGCCGAAAGGAAAGAGAUGAUGCUUUGCAAAGAGAAAGUGUCCUCAGAGACAAACUCAGGCAGAAUGAGUCGAGGGUGCGUUCAACCGAGUCUCUGAAACAGAAACUCAAGACCCUGACGGUUGACAACAAAGAGCUAAAGAAGCAAGUGAAGACUCUUCGGACUGAAAUUGGACUUGAGAACAGCCCUGGUUUUCACGGCAAGACCACCAAGGAUAUAAUCGAUGAUCUACACGAGAAGGAACAGGAGUGCGCCGCACUACUUGAGAAAGCUGGAAGACUUAGUCAGACCGUUGAUGAUUUGACAGCAAAGUUGUCAAAUGCAGUCACCUCCAAGACACUUUUAGAAGACCAAGUACAGUCAUUACAGCAAAAUCUCAAGGACAUGACAAAUAAUCAGCGUCGUCUGUUGAAGCUGUGGGACGACAAGAAGGGCCAGAGAGAGCAACUCGCUUUCCCUGCUAUUGUUCAGAAACAAUUCACUCACAAAGCCAGUCAAACUGACAUGUCUAUCAGCUCAAGUCAAAAACUUCCACUCAAUGCUUUUGAGACCACUAAGCCAUUUUCUAGGGAUGGUGACAAACAAACUGCUUUGGAGAAACAACACUUUUCUUCUGUUGGAAACAGCUAUAUUCAGGAAAGGAAGGCUUCCGUGCACGGUGAAACUAAAGGAAUUCAGAACUGACUUGGCUUAUUGAGAUUCAGCUAGUGUCACUUAACUUUUAGAAAGCAAAACAGAGACUUCAAACAUUUAUUAAACGGUUUACUUUGGUAUAUCUGUAACUAAAAGACAAAAAGAAAAAACAUUUAUUGUAAAGUUGUUCUUUGCCUUUUUCUUUUUCAUCCUCAAUACCUUGUGUAGUUUAAUUAGUGCUGUGUAGUGGUAUUUAAAUUGUCAUUUUUA